AAAGGUUUAUUGGUCCUUACCCACCUACAUCCCAUCAUCAUCAUCAUCCAUCUAAUCUAUAAAUAGAAGCAAAACCCUCCCCAAUUCCAUGGCUGAAAGGUUUCUACAAAACUCAAAUCAGAAGCCAUAAACUGCCAAGAUGCCUUGUGUCCAGAUCUCCACCAACGUUUGCCUCGACGGUGUUGACACCGAUUCCAUCUUCUCCGAAGCCACCAAAGCUGUUGCGGAAAUCAUUGGCCGACCUGAGAAAUUUGUGAUGGUAAUAUUAAAGGGAUCGGUUGCCAUAUCAUUUGAGAGGAACAAAGAACCAGCUGCAUAUGCAGAGAUAAUAUCCAUGGGAGGAAUUACCUCUGAAACUAAGAAGAAGUUGAUAUUCCAAUUGGGCACAAUUUUACUAGAAAAACUAUCGAUCCCAAGAACCAGAUUUUUUGUCAAGGUCUUUGAUACGACCAUGGCCACUAAAUAUGCCAAACUUUAAGUUAAAAACGCUUUUUACUUCUAUCUGUCUUAAAUUUUAUUUGUCGAAUUUAAUGUAAUGUACCAUGUUAGAUGCAAAUUAUGUUAAAUGGUAAAUUACAAAUUUCGCCCCUAUCAUUAUAUGAAAA